UAUUCGAGGUCUCGUUUUUUUGUCCGUUGGCUGGGCCUCAAAGGCACGGAAAAGACUGGAGAAUGGCAAUUUCUGCUUGUCAAGGUUUGUUGUACGCCGGAUGAGACCGGACGAACCCGGCGUGAAGUUCUCGAAUGCCUGCCGUUUCCUGUUUUUGGCCUCUUCCUUUUGUGUGGCUCAUUCCAUGUUCCCAACAGCUCGAUAUAAAAAGCCACGAGGUACAUUCCAAGAGGCGCCUGCUUUCUUCGUGUCGAUAUUAAUCACCCCACACACCAAAGCUCACCUAAACACCAUACAACGGUACCCACAUCGUUACUUUGUUUACACUUCAACCCAAUGCUAUCCUUCGAAGCAAGCAAGAAGGUCUGCUCGCCCAAGCAGGCAGCGCAACUGAGCCGCGCUGUGGCACCCUUUCUCUACCAAGCCCAUGCUGUCGGGCUUGGUUAUCCUGCCACAAUCCGCGUUGCUGCGAUCACUCGCCAGUGCCAGUCGAGAGCUUCUCUCCGGCCCACCCCCUCCAGUAAACGAAGCUUCUCGACGACAAGUGUCAACCAGCUCCGAGAUGUCUUCCCCGCUAAGGACACGCCGUACAUACGCCAGACACCCCCAGCUUGGGAACACCCAGGUUACACCGAGGAGGAGAUGCUGGCAGUCACUCCUGGACACAGGUCGCCCGAGACCGUAGGCGACUGGGUUGCGUGGAAGCUAGUCCGCUUGGCCCGAUGGGCAACUGACCUUGCCACUGGCAUCGGACGGGAGCAGCAGGUCGAUAUGAAGAAUCCGACCACUGCUGUAGCGGCAGAGAAGCCACUGACAGAGGCCCAAUGGCUCGUGAGAGUCAUCUUUCUAGAGUCGAUCGCUGGCGUCCCCGGAAUGGUUGGAGGCAUGUUACGCCACCUACACUCCCUCCGCCGUCUCAAGAGAGACAACGGCUGGAUCGAAACCCUGCUCGAGGAGUCAUUCAACGAGCGGAUGCACUUGAUGACUCUGAUGAAAAUGGCCGAAGUUGGGUGGUUUAUGAAGACCAUGAUCCUAGGAGCACAAGGUGUCUUCUUCAACGCCAUGUUUCUCAGCUACAUCGUCUCCCCAAAGAUUACCCACCGGUUUGUGGGUUAUUUGGAAGAGGAAGCGGUGCACACAUACACUCGCUUACUCCGCGAGAUCGAACAAGGCGACCUACCAAAAUGGUCCGACCCAACCUUCCAGAUCCCCGAGAUCGCAAUCACCUACUGGCGCAUGCCCGAAGGGAAGCGGACCAUGAAAGACCUGAUUCUCUACAUCAGGGCCGACGAAGCCGUUCACCGUGGCGUCAACCACACACUGGGAAAUCUGAAGCAGAAGGAGGAUCCGAACCCCUUUGUCUCCGAGUACCGAGUCGGUGAAGAACAACGCAAACCCAAAGCGGGCCUGAAGCCGGCCGGAUACGAGCGGAAUGAGGUUAUUGGCUAAUGCCACUCGUUGAGGCAUGCUGGAUGGCAAUAUUGUUUUCGGAUACACUUGGCUUUACUUGGGCGUUCACGGUUCCGGGGCCAAGCGGACUUGAGCCCCGGUUGGGCGUUGGGGCAGAUAGACUAUAUACCCUCUUCUCUCUCUUUCAUUCAGCAAGGCACGGGCGUUUAAAACACGGCUUGUUAGGUAGAUACGGUAGCAAGCAUGCAAUAAAACACUGAAGUCGGCGGGUUUCGCCUCGAACGUUUGUGUUAGACCAGGACGGUCCCCACGCGCAUUCUAGAGUGCUCACAGCUUCCCAAGUCAAACCCCGGACAUGCCCCAAUCCUGACCAGGUACACAGGCGUUAUUUUUUCUUCCUUUUUUCUUGCUUU